AUGAAUCCCCUUGACCUUCUUAAGAUCAAGUUCCAGGUCACCACAUCGAACCCCAAAGGCGGUCUGGGGAAGCACAUCUGGCUCUCAUUGAAGGACAUUAAACAAACUCAAGGAUGGAUGGGCUUGUAUCGCGGAAUCGGACCAAACAUCGCCGGGAAUGCAUCAAGUUGGGGCUUAUAUUUCCUCUUGUGCCACUACCCCCCGCCGGAUAUUUACCCACUUUCAUCCAGUUAUAACAUGCUGAAGAAGCGGGCUUCGGGUGGCGAUAUCGCGAAACCGUUGACAGCAGCAGAUUACUUGCUCUGUUCCGCUCAAGCGAGUGCUGUAACCGCCGUCAUCACCAAUCCCUUAUGGCUCGUUCGUGUGAGGAUGUUCACGACCAGAGUAGACUCUCCAAAUGCAUACCGUGGUCUAUCGGAUGGUUUAUCACAGAUCGUCAGAACGGAAGGCUGGACGGGUCUGUUCCGCGGCACCACCCUUGCCCUCGUUGGCGUCAGCAACGGUGCCAUUCAGUUCGUUGCCUAUGAAAAGAUGAAAAAAUGGGGUUUUGACCAAAAACAGAAACAACAUGAAAGGGCAGGGAAACAGUAUGACGCGGAAACGGAGAAACUCUCGAACUUUGCCUACACCGUUAUGUCUAUCACAAGCAAACUGGCGGCUUUAGCGCUGACAUACCCAUACCAAGUUGUAAGAUCCCGAAUCCAGGACAACGCUGCGAUACACCAAUUUCCUAACAUCCCGGUAACGAUAAAACGCACUUGGUCGCAAGAGGGCAUCCGAGGCUUUUACCGUGGGCUGGGAACAAACCUUGUCCGUGUGUUACCUGGGACAUGCGUCACGUUCGUUGUGUACGAGAACUUGGCAUGGCUACUACGGACAACUGCGGCAAAACGUGUAGCGUCCGAAUCAUAG